CUGCCGUCCGACCGCCGCCUGUCCGGUUCGCCCUCGGCGGCUGCCCGGUCGGGACUCGUGCGUGAGUCGGCGCGCUGUCCGCCGCCCGGGCCGCGACCAUGUUCGACCGGACGCGGCUGCCGUACGUGGCCCUGGAUCUACUGUGCGUGCUGCUGGCUUCCAUGCCUAUGGCUGUUCUAAAUUUGGGCCAAAUAUAUCCAUUUCAGAGAGGCUUUUUCUGUCAUGACAGCAGCAUCCAGUACCCGUUCCAUGACGGUACCAUCACAUCCACUGUCCUCGCCGUGGUGGGGCUUGGUUUACCCAUUUUCUCUAUGGUUGUCGGAGAAACCGUGUCUGUCUACUGUAACCUCUUGCACUCGAACUCCUUCAUCAGGAACAACUACGUGGCCACUGUUUACAAGGCUGUGGGCACGUUCCUGUUCGGCGCGGCUGCGAGCCAGUCCCUGACCGAUAUCGCCAAGUACUCCAUAGGCCGGCUGCGGCCUCACUUCCUGGAUGUCUGCGACCCGGACUGGUCGAAAAUCAACUGCACCGACGGCUACAUCGAAAACUACGUGUGUCGGGGGAACGCGCAGAAAGUGAAGGAGGGCAGGUUGUCCUUCUACUCGGGCCACUCCUCCUUCUCCAUGUACAGCCUGCUGUUCGUAGCGCUCUAUCUGCAGGCCAGGAUGAAGGCGGACUGGGCGCGGCUGCUGCGCCCCACGCUGCAGUUCGGCCUGGUGGCCACGGCCGUCUACGUGGGCCUCUCGCGCGUGUCGGACUACAAGCACCACUGGAGCGACGUGCUGACCGGCCUCCUCCAGGGCGCGCUGGUGGCCGUGCUGGUCGUGGUGUACGUGUCUGACUUCUUCAAGGAGAGGAAUUCUGCUUUAAAAGACAGGAAGGAGGAGGACUCGCACACCACGCUGCACGAGACGCCCCCCGCGGGGAACCACUACAGGACCGCGCAGCAGCCGUGAGGCCGCCGGCUUCCCGAGGCCGCCCCGGGACGAGGGGCGCCUCUGCCACGGGCCUGUGGGGACGCCGCUGCCCCACCUGCCGCUCACUGCCCCUGUGUGCACAGCCGCCCGACGGGGGCUCUGACCGCUCUCAGUUCACCAGGAAACUUCAAGCCUUUCACUAAAACGCCCCACUGUACAUUUUUAUUAAAAAUGUAACGCUUAUGUACA